AUGUACCGCACAGCCGUUGUGAGAGUUGAAAAAGGGAAUUGCUCGUCUCAUUUCAACGAAUCUGUUGCUCCUAUCACGGAAGCAGCAUUAUCCGUGCAACAGGAGGUGAGCAAUUUUGAUAGAGAGAAAUUUUCAUCAACGAAAGCAAGGUUUCUGUUAGCUCCUGCUUCUCUUUUGUUUCAACUUCUGAAAAGUAAAUCGGAAAGCAAGCUGGGUGACUAUGCCCGCAACUUAUGUGUUUUCAUCUAUCUGGACGACGUCUACGCGCAGUUCAGUUUUGCGGGGAACUUCCCCAGACCCACCGACACCAUUUCCGUGUUUGAAGAGCCGCGGGCCGACGAGCUGUUCCUGAAAAAGGCACUUUACUUCUGCGAGAUCCUCACAGACGACCGCCACACCGCUUACUUUACCCACCUCUGCCAGCUGGCGGCCGUGGACAUCCGCAAAGUGACCUCCGAAAAGGUCGAGUUCCUCUCUGUCUUUCAAUACCGCUACGUCCUUGACGCCAUCAAGGCCUGGACAACGUAUGCCGCGCUGUACCCGCAAGCGACCACAACCAUUAGCAAUAUAACCGGAAUGUUUGUAGAGAAGAAGGCCCAGAUGUGGCGGUGGGUCACUACCACAUACUCUCUGCUGUGCAACGAGCUGACGCAGACAACUCAGAGGUUCGUCAAGGAGAGGGGCCCCAACGCCUGCAUAGUGGACGGCAAGCACUUCUCGAAAGAUUACCUACUUGAGCUUUACCACGACAACCAACGGGAAUUCGACAGUGUCACCGAGUCCCUCAGACGCUACUUUGGAAACAUUCUUACCGUGGAAAAUGUGGCCGACCGGUUGGUCAACGACCGCUCUGUUAACCUUGCAGAGAACCCCCGCUCCCGGAAGUCCUCCUUCCAGAACCUCUUCGGUGCGGCGGUGCUGGCGGACGUGGCGCCGUGUGCCGAACGCACCACGAGCCCAGACGAAGACAAGGACAUCAUCCACCUGGUCAACCUUUGCGCGCGGGCCGUCAUGUGGAUGAUAUAUGCUGGUGCCGGCGGGCCCUACCGUUUUCCGGAGAUCCAGAAGCUCAAGUACGCGAGCAACGACAGGGACCUGUACGCGGACUCCGAGAGCCGCUGCAUCGAAAUCCACGCGGGGUACUCCAAGGCCCAGAUCUUGAGGCCCGUGACCAAGCAGCUAGACAAGAACACCUCUGACUACCUGCUCUUCUACACCAUGAUUGUUGUUCCGAUCCGCAACCACGUCGCUGGGCCCGGUCUUUUCCGUCGGGUGAUGUCCCGCGACCUCGCCGACGAGAUGGGAAUGCGUGUCGAGGAACACACCGCCAACGCGGCGGACGGCGAGGGCUGCAGGCUCUCCGACGCUGAUUUCACGACACAGGUCCUCAACAGCUACCUGUUUGCCGAUCUCAGCUGCGGGAAGCUGCUCAAGUACGCGAACUUUGCAAAGGGUGCGCGCAAGUUUCCCGUCUCGGUGCCCCAGGACCAGCGCCUGAGCCUCCGCGAUCUCCGCCACGGUAUCAUCUACUUCAUGCGGCGGCACACCAACGUAGGGCGAAUUGUAGCCGGCUCGGAUGCCGUCGAGCGGUUGGCCGGCCACACUGCCGCCACCGGACGUACUGUCUAUGCGGUACCCGACAGCGUAGUGAACCACGAGGCCGAGAUCUGCAUGGCCUGGCACAGAUUUCUCGACCUGGCUGUUUCAGGGCAAGUUGUUGCGGUAAAGGACGGAGACAACGCCAGACCAGACUUUCACUCCUCCGGAUCCAUCAACGAUUUGCUUGCCGCGGGCCGCCGCCUCUACAGUAAGGAUAUUUUUAUGUUUAGAAAAGGCCAGAAGGACGUCGCUACAGAGGUUUACUUAGGGGGGGCGCAGCUCAUUCCAGUGCAGGCGCUUCCCGGGUUUGGCAAAACCGCGUUGUUCCAGAUACCACUGAUUGCAUUGAAGAAGACAAGGCCGAUCCCGAAGGUCGUCUCUUUCGUGUUUGUGCCCUACAUUCCGCUGAAGGCCAACAUGAUUGACCGACUGGGGACGAACGGUUUGCUCGAGGUCGGGGACGUCGCGGUGCUGCUGAAGAACGGUCCAAACGUCGACGAGGACGCGCUUUCCGCCGAUGUAUAUGUGGGAGCGUUUCACGACAUGGCCACAGUUUCCUGUGCAAGGUUGCUGGACAACUGGUACCAAACAUUCAGGGACACCGUGCUGGGGCUCAUUGUCAUCGAUGAGUUCCACAACUUCGAAACGGAGAUGGCCUUUCGGGGUAAUACGUUCAGUGCAAUCGGAGAGAUCAACCUGCGGCAGGCGUGGAAAGUGCUGGUGCUGUCCGGGACAGUUGGUGUCGGCGGCUUUAACGGGCCCUUACAGAGGUUGGGCUACGAUGAGUCACUGACCACGGAGGCUGGGCUGGACCUCAAGUACUUUUUCUUCAAUUUGGUUGAUGAGCUCCCCCUGGGUAAUUCGGUGAAAUGGUUUGACGAGUGUGCAUCCUCGAAAAUAUGCCUGGAGAAGGCCGUUGCAAUGGUGGACAGGUUUGUCGCAGAAGAGGAGUCCGCGAAGGUGAUUCUGGUGUGCCGCACAAGGGAACACGCCAAGAUUUUGGCGGUUGAUUUGGCAAAGCACAGGCCGCUCUGCGUCCACGGCGAGUUGACGGGAGCUUCCAAGGAGCAAACAAUGCGCAGCUUCAUCCAAGAUCCCGUCAAGAGGGUUCUCAUCGGAACCAAGCUGGUAUCGGAGGGCAUUGACGUCCAGGAUCUGUUGCUCGUGCUGCUCGUCGAUUACCUGCCCUCCAUUGGCGAGUAUGUGCAGAUGGCUGGGCGGCUGCGGAAGGGCGGUCUCUGUGCGGUGCUGUGGUCCUCGGGGAGUUCGUUUGGCGAUCAGGGCGAGCUGCGUCCGGGAUGUUUGACACCCCAGCUCAACCGUUUCUACGGGCUCAGCCAGCACGGGCACGUCGGGUGUUGCAGAGCGGUCGACAACUGCGACCCAGACUCUGUUGCCUUUGUCAGGAGGGUGUUUCCGGGAAUCUUGAAAUACGAGAAAGUGUUGGACAGCCAGUUGAAGAGGUUUAGCGGUACCAGCUCUCCGAAGAGCUCGGCGCAAAAACGGCCACUGUUGGUUGCCGAUUCAGUAAAGGACAACUCAACGACACGGGAAUCGGUGGAAAACGAGUCAAAUCCAAGGGAUUCAGCGAGAUCCCUCCCCACAGUGGAUACUUCAAUAGAUACGUCGAUGGAUUCGACAAUGGAACUGCUGUGCGAUGACGGGGAGUUCCUGGCAUCACCAGCCAAAAGACCUGCAGAACAGAUGAGGUCGCCGACGACUCCCAGUUGCUCCAAUGUUGACGCACCCAAACAGCUUCUAGUUGUUCCCGGUCAGUCAAUAGUUCAACUGGCUGCUGUGCGUUCCGGCGUGCGCAAUGUGCAGCCCACCUUUUCAGUCGCCCCACCAGUCGUCUCCCGUACGCCAAUGCGCCGUAAAAAUGGAUUUCCAGAAAGCUUCCGUGCCGCCGCGCGUCCCGUCUCUCAGCGAUCCGUUGGUGAGCGUCUGAGGGAAGCCUUUGGUGCGGACUUGUCCCUGUUCCACUUCUUAGGGGUUGCGGUCAAGUAUAUUCCAACCCUGAGAUUUUUCCAGGUGUGCGAGGCCACCUUUGGGCUGUCCAAGGCGACGGAGCCGUGGUACUGUUUUGUGUGCAUGGGCGCCCUGGCGUUUAAGUGCGUGUGUGAGGAUUUCCGCGGGCACCGCAACAAGUACGUCGUGCGCAACCUGGUGAUGAACGCGCUGUGUUUCCUCAAGAUCGUGGCGUCCAGCACCGAGUGGGCCCAUGUCGUGCGGAUGGGCGACGACGGGGACUUCCCCCGCGUGCCGUUGUGGCUGGCCGAGCGAGGGGCGGAUAUGCAGGCGCGGUUCCGCACCCGGCUGCUGGAGUACUGCAAGCUGGCGAGGGAAAUGUACACUGAGUCGGACUUCACACUGCCGUAUCCCUUUAAGGAAGUGGACACCCGUGGGGCGUUGCAGCGGUACAACCGGUGCUGGGAGUAUCUGCGCGAGAACAAGCUGGACAUCAUCGCGUUCUUCGCGACCAACGAUACCUCGACGACCUUCCCCGAGCUGUGGGAGUCGCCAACGGUGGCCCGGUUGGGGAGC